AUGGCGCAAGGAGGGGCUAAUACCCAACUUGCUAAUAGUGAUGUGAAUUCAAAGAAGAGCCUCAACUGGAAAACCAGAGUUAAGAUUUGUCUUGGAAUAGCGAAGGGUCUUGCUUUUCUACAUCAUAAAGAUCAAUGGAAACCCCUCAUUAUCCACAGAUAUAUUGAACCUGCAAAUAUUUUACUUGAUAAGUAUCUUCAUCCCAAAAUAUCUGGUUUUGGGGGGCUAGGCUUUGCGAAGGUGAAGAUACACACUACACCACAGAGUGGAUACUUUGACCCUGAGUAUUUUAUUCAGGGUACCGUAAAUGAUAAGACAGAUGUUUAUAGUUUUGGAGUGCUCAUACUUGUACUAUUUAGUGGAAAGGGACCGAUAUACAGAGAAAAAAGAUCUGAGUCCGACAUCCUUGUGUCAUUUGCCCAAGAGUUAAAAGAGAAGGGCGAUCUUUAUAAAUUGAUUGAUGGAGACUUGAAUAUGCAAUAUUCAGCUGAAGAAGCUACUAUGAUUUUGAAUUUGGCAAUUAUGUGCACUAGUUUUACUGGUAAAUUGAGGCCUACCAUAUUAUUGGAAGUUGUUAAUAUUCUUGAAGGAAAAACCAAAAUGAAGACCCCUGGAGUCGAUCCACUAUCUUCAACAGUAGUCAAUUCUGAGGUGGUCAUUUCUAAGAGGCUCCCCUAG